UGGAAACCAACCUCCCAGGAAGUGGCCAAACUAGUUAGUGUCCGGGGUAGAGAACAGGGAAGAUGUCAUGAAGGAAACACCUGCUUUGGAACAUGGGCCUGAGCCACUCCAAGGCUCACCCUCGGGUGAUCAAAGUCGCACCUUUACAAAGCCAAGAAGCAGAGACACCCUCAACUGGCCCUGUGUUCUUUGCAUUGAAUCGGAACCUGGAAGAAGACAGCUCAUUCACGAGACUGCAGGACCAGAAUCGAACUCGAGAAGGACAGCUACCACCACUUCGAGAAACUUGGUAUGGAAGAGUCCCUGCAGUAUCCAGGGCCGUAUAUCUUGACAUCCCACUGAAACAUGAAGAAACAAGUAUUAUCAAAAGGCAUCCACCCCGAAGAAUUCAAAAGCUUGAACCCAUUGACCUGCCACAAGCAAUUACCUCUGAAAGGCUUCUGUGCCAUCAAGAAGGCAGAACAAAGUCCACCACAAAGCAGGAAAAUGAGAAGAAAAUUCAACUUCCUAUGUACACUUCUGGGAAAAGACAAUAUUUGAAUAAGAUGAAAAUGCUAGAGAUGAACCAUAAAAGACAAGAGGCCCAAAUGGAGUUGAGGAAGAGUCUUCUGAGUAAAGCGAUGCUUGAUAUGCAAAAGAUAAAGGACCAUAAUGGCAAUAAAAUCGCCCAGAGCAAGCCAAGGAGCAACGGCUAUGACAUUCUCACCAUACUGCCUAAUGAAAACAUAAACAGAGACCCAGGAAAUCCCCAGGAUGAAGAAUUCUUGGACGGUCACACAGAGAAUGACUAUUAUGUCCGGAAAAUUGGCAAAAUGGAAACAUGGCUCCGUGAACAAGAAGCCCGGGGACAGCUUUUCUGGGACAGUUCCAGCUCUGACUCUGAUGAGCUUGAGGAAGAUGAGAGGAGACCACAAGCACUGGUGAGGACCAAGACAGAGAAGAUCCCUCUUUACGAUGACUUUUACGACAGUGCUUAAGAAAGCUAGACGCUACCCCAGGUAGUAACGGCACAGAAUGCCUCGGGCUCGUUUUCUUCCAUAAAAUCAUUCAUAUUUGCAUAUGGACUCCUCUGAGGGAUAUAAGCUAUUUUGAUAUGCAGAAAGGAUGUCAUCUGGAAUCUUGUGGUUAGUAGCCUUGUCAUGUAUGCCUUAAGUCUAUGCCUUAAAACUAAGAGGCUGAAACAAAAGUCAUUUGUUUGUCUCACUUUUCUGUUGGUAACUGGCCUCAGUGAGGUUGUUCUGUUGGUCUCUUAACAUAGCUUAUGUAAUUGGACAUCAUAUAGCUGCUAAGACUAGAGUCACAUAGAGGCUGAGCAAGGGCACAAGACAACUGGAAUUUGAUCCCUUUCUACACAGUCUGAGUCUCUUCACAUAGUCUGUGUGGCAAGGUAGUAAUUUUUUUCCUUUAAACCAGUUCAGUGUGUCUAACAGCAAAUAUGCCAGCUGGAGGAAGCCAGAGGACACAGGCAUGACAAGUGUGUAAUCACUGAAUCCACGCUAAACCACUUCUACCAUUUCCUAUCAGUGAAUGCAAGUCAUAGGCCAAAUGUUAGCCAAUGAAAAGAGUCCACACAAGGGAAUAGGUAUCAAAAAGUGUCCAUCCUGGAGACUUUCAAUAACACCGUGCAUCUCAAAACUUGGCACUGGUUUGCCUUUAGAAGCAUGUAGUUGGGCAAUGGUGACACUCGCCUUUCAUCCGGGCACUCAGAAGGCCGAGGAAGGCAGAUCUCCAUGAGUUUGAGGGCAACCAGGGCUACACAGAGAAACUUGGACCCAGGGUCAGGGGGUUAGGGGGAGCGGAGAGAAAGCAGCAGCAUGGUAGUAACAUGCCUGUAAUUCCAGUACCAAGGAGGCUGAGUCAGAAAAAUCAUGAAUUCGUGACCAGCCCGGGCUACACAACAAAACCCUAUCUCAACCAACUGAUUAUCAAUAAUCCUAUAAAAAUAGAUGAGAAUAUAUUUUAUAUAAAUACAAGUGAGCUUUUAAAGAAACAUCACCAUGAUGCUCCAGGAGACACUGAGAUCACUCAGGCUACUUUGUAAGUAAGUUGCCCACACAGAAAGUGCUCGCAUAGAGGAAAAUAAAAUCAGCUGUGAAAGGUCAUUAAGGAAUUAAAGCUCAAAAUUCUGACUGCUUCACACAAGCUACAAAUGCCUUUAAGCAAUUCAAGUUUCCAAAACCUCAGUAAAAGAAGUCAAAAUCAGAGCACCAUUUAAGUCUUCACUAGGAAAUUUCCCAAAAGAAAAAAAAUCGAGGAAAGUGCCACCUAAAUUUGACAUUCAGUCUCUUCAAAAGUCUGUAAGAAGACUAAAAGCUUGACACAUCAGGAUGAGCUCACAUUUUCCAAGGACAGAAGGUAGUGGGCCUGUGCUUCUUGUAAUUCCCAGGGUUUUGUUCUUUUUGGUUUUGUUUUUGUUUUUUUCUGCUUCCUUGCCAUACUUCUUGUGCUUGACAAAAAGCUAAACUGCACCAAAGGAAAACAAUCAACCCUCGCUUGUUUUACCACCAGCCUUCUCCACAGGGUAAGACCCUUUCAGAAGAGAGACAAAUUCAAAGUAUCCCUGGUGUCUUCUUCACACGUUAUGGUGUAUCUGAAACCUUGAAAUAGAAAGGGAAACUGAGCAUUCAAGAUAGUGACAUCAGGGGCUGGAGAGAUGGCUCAGCAGUCACAAGCAUGUGUUGCUCUUGCAAAGGACCCAGGUUAGGUUCCCAGUACCAGGAUGGCAGUUUACAACUAUCUGUAACUCCAGUUACAGAGAAUCUAUCUGAUGCCCUCUUUUGACCUCUGUAGGCAUUGCAUGCAUGUGGUACAUGGGCAUACUUCCAAGUAAAACAUCCAUGUACAUACAAAAUAGAUAAAUCUUUUAAAAAUCAAACAAAAAAAAACAAAAAUUGGCACCAGCAUGUGUUCCCAGACUCAGCUCUGUCACACAAAAUUAAACAAAACAUUAUUCUACAAACUCACUUGGCCUUGAACUAGAACAUUGACCACAACCUCUCCCUAUGUUAUUGAUAACUGCCUUCCCCAAUGUGACAUUUGGCACCAAGUUCAUUAUCAGAUGUUUGUGAAUAAUUUAUGUGUUUUGUCACCCAGUCAAUUAGGAGGCAUUUGUAUUGCUCCAGUUCUGCAGUUGCUCACACUCCCUUCAUUUCGCAAGUAUUAUAUACAUAAGGCUCAUUAUACAGUAAAGAGACUUCUCAGAAGUUCUUGGAAUGUGCACAUCUAAGUGGAUAACCUCAAUCCAACACCACUGUAAGUUCCAGACAAUAUACUAUAUGCUUAUGAAGACUCCAUAGCUCAAAGUAUUUUCCAAACCCUCAUCAGAAUGUGUUUGUUGCAAAGAGACUCACAGAGCCUUCUGUGAGAGACCUGAUUUGCUUGCUCUGUAGCUCUGUAGCCACUUUUACUCCAGGAUCUGAAACGGAUAAUAAUGGCUGUAAUAAGUGCCAUUACGCAGACUGUGCAUAUGUGCCAGGAACUCUUCAACUGCUUAACAUGAUUGAUCCUUACAGAAGCUUUGUGGGCCAGCAUUAACAUCUCCAUCAAACAACAAGGGCACUGACACACAUGGAGGCUAAGUGAAAUGCCAGAACUUUCCUUCGGGCUUGACCAUUGUUUAGCAAAAGCAGUCAACUUGCUGUGAGCCAGGGGCCUUUCUCUUCUUUACCAAACUCCCAUCUAAGAACUUAGAUGGAGACCAGCAUCCCAUUCUCUUCUCCAGGAGCACACUGGAAUGGGAAAGUGCUCUGUGGAGUUUUUCUCUUUUUAAGAGGAUGGAAAAAUGACCUAACAACCAGAAGGAGCACAGGGGAGGGAGGCUCAAAGCACCUGAGAGCUGCAGAGUGGAGACAAAUUCUAUUGUCAUUAUUGGGUCUGGAAUGCAGCUGGGCAAGCACUAUCCACCACCACCACACACACACACACACACACACACACACACACACACACACACACGACAACCCACCCCAGCACAGAAAGAGUGGCCAUGAUUGAGAACAGCAGAGCUGUUUUGGAAAAGCACUGGUCAGCUUGGGAAUCUAGCUAAAGGGUAGCUGAAUUUGGACUAUUUGGUAGGAUGUGCUUAAGGGAGUCACUGAUGUUGGGGUCCAGAAAUCACAUUACAACCAACCACACAGACACCUAUCUUAGUAACACAGGGAUAGUUUAUUGAGCAUACACCCCAGGACCAGUUGACCAGGGCCAUGGUCCAGAUUCACGAACUGAACCACGACUUUGAUUCUACAGGGCUUUUAAACCUAAAAUUCACAAACAUCCGUGCCAUGUUAUUCCACCAAUCAGGAUUUGGGGAUAGGGAAUUCCCUUAGGAACAUGUCUUUGUCGUGCAUUUAUCCCGUUUCUAUUGGUUGGGGUAUUCAACUGUGGCAGGGGACUUGCCUCAUUUAA